UCGUCAGAGAUAUGUCUUGGGAGACAGUGCCAUGCAUCGGAUGGCGAACUCCUCAGUGUUAGUAUACGGUCUAGGAGGACUGGGAGUGGAAAUAGCAAAGAAUGUGGUUUUGGCUGGUGUCAAGUCUCUAACAGUGCAAGAUCCAAAGAAUGCCACAAUGCAAGAUCUGGGUAGUCAGUUCUUUUUGAGGGAAUCAGAUGUUUCUGCCUCGAAAAACAGGGCAGAAGCUAGUUCACCUCAUCUAGCAGAGUUAAACCCUUAUGUCAGUGUGAUGACAAUGACUCAACCCUUGACUUGUGAUUCGGAUUUGUCCUACCUGUCAAUAUACCAGUGUGUGAUCCUGACCGAGUGCCCCCUGAAUGUGCAGAGAAGAGUUAAUGAGUUUUGCAGAGCUGCAUCACCACAAAUCAAAUUCAUCUCGACUGAUGUGUAUGGCAUCUGUGGCUCAGCAUUUACAGAUUUUGGAGACAAGUUUGAGGUUGUUGAUUCUACCGGUGAAGAGCCAAAAGAUGUGCUGAUUGGAAACAUAACUAAGGCAAACCCAGGGGUGGUUACUGGCCUGGAGCAAGCUAUACAUGGUUUGGAGUCUGGAGAUGUUGUGGCAUUUCGAGAAGUGAAGGGAAUGACAGCUGUCAAUGGCCGUCAGUUUGAAGUAAAAGUCAUAAACCCUUACACCUUCAGCAUAGGUGAUACGUCUUCAGCAGAGUUUGGGGAAUAUGAAAGUGGUGGAAUGUUUGUUGAGGUUAAAAUUACCAAGGAAAUGUCGUUUGAGCCUUUGGAGAAACAGAUUGCUGCGCCAUCUCUCCUCACCCCUGAUCUCACCAAAUUUGAUGCUCCACCUUUGCUCCACUUGGGAUACUUGACUCUAAGUCAGUUCAUUGAGCAGACUGGCUCUAUGCCUAAGCCAUGGGACAAUGAGGAUGCCUUGAAGUUCAUCGCCAUGGCUAAGAGCAUUAAUGAUAGCCUGAGCAACAAGGUAGAGAAUGUGGACGAGAACAUGUUGGGUCUCAUCUCCAAGUGUGCGGCUGGCUGCUUGGCCCCACUGUGUGCUGUGUUUGGUGGGGUUGUGGCUCAGGAGGCGCUCAAGGCUUUGACUGGGAAGUUUACCCCUCUCAACCAGUGGCUACUCUUGGACUGCAGAGAAGUUGUGUCAUCUGAUGCUAGUCAAUUCAAACCGUGUGGUGAUCGAUACGAUGCGCUUCGCAUUUGUGUUGGGAAUGCUUUUUAUCAGGUCUUGGCAAAUGCAAAACUGUUUAUGGUUGGCUGUGGUGCAAUUGGCUGUGAAAUGUUGAAGAACUAUGCUCUACUGGGAAUCAGCUCUGAGAAUGGAAAGAUUACAAUAACAGACAAUGAUCUGAUUGAGAAGUCCAACUUGAAUCGACAGUUCCUUUUCAGGCCCCGUCACAUUCAGAAACCCAAAUCAACAACAGCUGCGCAGGCAACAGUUGAAAUGAAUAAAGAUAUGAAGAUAGAAGCACAUCAGCACAAAGUUUGUCCUCAGACUGAAGAGACUGUGUAUAAUGAUGCAUUCUUUGAGAACCAGAGUAUUAUUGUGAAUGCACUGGACAAUGUGGAAGCUCGUCGCUACAUGGACAACCGAUGUGUUGCAAAUCAGAGAGCUCUCAUGGAGUCUGGGACCAUGGGCACCAAGGGCCAUGUGCAAGUGAUUGUCCCACAUCUCACGGAGUCUUACACCAGCCAGCAAGAUCCAACAGAUGGAGAUUUCCCUUACUGUACUGUCAAGUCUUUCCCUGCUCAGCUGGAGCAUUGUAUACAAUGGGCUCGUGAUAAGUUUGAAGAAUGCUUUGUACAGAAUGCUCAAUUGUUCAACAAGUUUGUGGAGGUCCACCCUGAUAUAGAAAACAUUGCACAGCAACUGGUGUCUGGGAAUUCUAUAGAUGGGGCUGUCAAAGUGAGCAAAUUCCUGGCUCAACGACCAACAUCCUUUGCAGAUUGUGUAUGCCAAGCUCGACUGAGAUUUGAAAAGUACUUCAACCAUAAGGCAAAACAACUUCUUCAUUCAUUCCCACUGGAUACAAAACUGGAAGAUGGUGCUCUUUUCUGGGCGUCUCCCAAGAGGCCUCCAACACCCAUUGAGUUUGACUCUCAAGAAGACAUGCAUAUGCUGUUUGUGAUUACCACUGCCAGACUCCUAGCUGAUGUAUAUAAAAUACAGUGGACUGAGCAGGACACAGACAGGCUGCAUGUGGAGUCUCUGCUGAGUGAAGUCAAAGUUCCUGAGUUCCGUCCAUCAAAUAAGAGAAUUGUGACAGACGAGACUGUGAACAAGGAAGAUGCCACCCCACAGGAGAUGUCUGGGGAUGUGAUUGUGUUGUCUGGUCAGAGAAUACUACAGGCCUGCCAGUCCAACAAGAACACUGCCAUACAUCCUGUCAGCCCUCUGGAUUUCGAAAAAGAUGAUGACAGCAAUGGCCAUAUUGAUUUCAUCAGUGCAACAGCAAACUUGAGAGCUCAAAUGUACAGCAUUGAAUGUGGAGAUCGGCUCAAGAUAAAAAAGAUUGCUGGCCGGAUUGUGCCAGCAAUUGCCACAACAACAGCUGCUGUGUCUGGUCUGGUUGCCAUAGAACUGAUCAAAGUCCUGGCCAAGGCACCAAUGGAGCAGUACAAGAACUGCUUCCUCAACCUGGCCCUGCCUUUGAUUCUACUGUCAGAGCCGGGACCUGUCCAGAGGAAUGUCCUCAGAGAAGGUCUGAGUGUGACAAUGUGGGACAAGUGGGAAGUACGAGGGUCCAAGGACUUCACUCUACAACAGUUUCUUGAUUCCUUGAAGCAACAAUUUGGAUUUGAAGCAACCUCAGCUUGCCAGGGAGUAAAGAUUGUCUACAUGCCAUUUAUGCCAGGGCACAGCAAGAGACUACCCAUGCCCAUGACUAAACUGUUGAAGCCGGUAGCUGGGCAGCAGUACGUGGAUCUGGUCGUGUCCUUUGAGGGCGAUAAUGACGAGGAUGUUCCUGGCCCACCUGUACGAUAUUACUUCUAAGGGAUACCAUGAUGGGACUUUGGAGAAAUAUACUGCUUUUUGGAUUACUUUUCCUGUUGAUGAACAUCGCCAUGUGAAUUAAAUAUUUUGCCUGAAUUGGAAGGAACACAUCACAUUGAAGGAAUAAAAUGUAGUGCCAAUGGAUGAUGCAGUUGAUAAUCCCCAUUCCUGAAGAGCAUGGAAGAAUUGUGGUAACUUGAUCAGCUGUGGUUUUGGCUACUUAUGUUAUUCAGUGUCUGUGUCAAUCCCCAAGACUGAGUGCAAUGUCAAUAUGUUUUUUCUACCCAGAUGUCUGUUAACACUGUUGCUUGUGCUUUAGGAAAAAAGCCUGACAAAACGAUGAUUUAAAAAAAAGUGUAAGUUUUGUUUAAUAAUCUAUGAGAUGAAGACUGAUAAACUGUUCAAAUGUGGUAUAAGAUGUCUAAAAGACCAUUGACAUGUCAAUAGUUCUUUAUGUGAGGGAGAAAACCCAACCUUAAAAUUAAGAGACUGUUUGGUUGUGUCCUGUCUGUUGUGGUAUUUGAACAGUGCAGGCUACAUGAAGGUUGUUCUGUGAUGAGCAUGUUACCCAAAUGUUUUUGUUUUUAAAAGAAUAGAGAAUUAUUACGUAAAAGUGGAUGGAUGAAGGCUUAUGAGGCUUAGAUUCCUGUUGGAGGCUUGUCUCCUCUAUCCACAUGAUGUGGGUUGUUGUCUUUGCACCCACUAGUUGUCACAAAAGACAUCAUAAUAUGGCAAAGAUUUGGCUGUCACUAAAAGCAUUGCUAAGCAAGUUUACUGCUGAUUCAGACUUAUUUUUUCCCCCUGAAUUGAGAAACAUCUCUUAUAUUUUUAAUUUUUACCUUUUUGUGCAAAUGUGUCCCACAGUUUUCAUGAGCGUCUUCUCUCUUGAAAAUUAUUGGUCUUGCAAUUUUUCUCAAUGAACACUUUAUUGUUGGCCAACAGUGAGAGUCAUCCUUAACACUAUUUGGGGACAACAUUUCCAUGUUCCUUCAACUUCACACUGGGUCCACAGCUUGUUUCUCUCAUAAAGGAGGUGUAAUAUGGGAAUUUUUCAUAUAGACCUAUUCUUUUAAAAGCUUGAAAUAGGAUUUCUGUCGCAGUGUAGAAGUAUUCAGCUAUUUAUUUGUAAAUGAAGUUGUAACUGUUAACCAGUAUGAAUAGUGAAUAAGGUAGUGAAUACAUAUUAUAGUGUUUUAGUACUUUCUUAUGCUUUACAGUGUUGGGUCAGUUAUGGAUGGGCAAUCAACUUUCAAAAAGCCAUGAAAUGAUGUGUUUUUUGGUCUAUAAAGGAAAUUUAUGUUGUAUUUAGAAAAACUGUUACCUUUACCUUAGAAAUAGUGUUAUCUCUGCCAAUGUUUUUUUUAAGCAAGUUAAAUGAGUAAAUCUGCUCAGAAAAUGAUACAAGUGUGUGUUCCAUGUGCUAUAUUUUUAUACAAAAAUUAAGCCAUGUCUGCUUUUUCUGAAUUUGCCUUUUCAUACAUUUAUAAGCGAUUAUGAAUAGCAUAUGUAAAAAAAUUAUGUCUUUGAAAGGGGAAUGUAUUAGUUUGGGGGAAAUUUUAAAGUGAAAUAGAUGUGAACGCUAGCAGCUUUUUUUCUUCUAUACCUAACUGUUCUGAACACUCUUGUGUUCCAUCUCUCUAUUGGUGAAAAGAAUAAACAAUUUUAGGGUAUUGAUUUUUUAUUUUCUUUUUUGUUUUGUUUUGGAGGGGGUGGGGCAAUCUUUUUGUACCAUUGCCCAUUAUCAUUGCAGUAGUAAUUGUGCUCACUCUUGGUUUGCUUCUGAAUAGUUAUCACCUGCUGUCGUGAAACUCAUGAUUUCUCUAGCCUACUGGACUGUCAUGUUUUACAUGAGUGCAGGAGACAUGUUGUAUCAUCACUGUGUUCUGAUCUGAACACUGCACUACCGAUACGUUGAUCGGGGUAAGGGGCUGCUGUAGACAUGAUCCAGUAUGUUGAGGACUUGAUUCAUGGCUUGACUUUUUUCCCGCCCCAACAUUUAAUAGAGCCAUUAUGUGUCAGUCAUUUUGAGAAGACCUUUUCUGAUAUUUGCUGAGGUACUCUUGAACCCUACAUCUUAUUUGAUCUUUUUUUAAAGUGCAAUUUAAGAAAAGGCUGUUAUUUUUUUAAAUUAAAAUUUUCACUUUGCUGUUUUCUUUAAAAAAUUACUUUUUUUCAUGCAGGAAUCAUAGCGUAGAUUAUACAGUUUAGGUCAAAUAAAUACCUUCUUUUGUACUGUUGUUUCAAAGGCAUCCCCUUUUGCUAUCAAUACGAUUCACUGUGUUGAAAGCUAUUUAUUUCCCCCCAGAUAUCCUAUCUGGAUGAUGUAUUUUUUAAUCUCUUUUGUGCUGUAUGCUCAAACUGCUUCACAUUGGUGAAUUUUGCCUUAAGUAUGUAGACCUUCAGGUGUUAUUGUCCCGUCGCUAGUGAUUUCAGGGUGGGACUAAAAAAAUACACACUUCUUGAACUCUCAAAGGAAAAUUUGUAAAAUCAAAGUAAAAGCAAAACUUGUGAUCCCUCACACAGCGUUGAUUUAUACACACCUGAUUAUUUAGAUAUUUGUUGCUUAUUGGCUGUUCCAUUUUCAUGUAUCUGACGAUGUGUUUCAAAAGCUGUUGUAUUGCUUGUGACUCUUGUAAUAGUGUCUUUCUAUUUGUGUUAACCGCCAAGGCUUGUUCAGUUGAUUCAGUCACUGCUAUUAAAAGCAAAGUGCGUACACGAUAUAAAA